AAAUGUGUGCUUAUAUUGAAAGUUUCAAGCAGGUGGUGAGCAACCCUUAGCAAAUCCCACCAACACGUUUCCUUUCCUCUAGAGAUUUCAUUUCUCUUUGUUAUGUAUUAAUUUGCUCCUCUCUGUCUCCAUUUUUUUCCUCUCCUGCUUCGUCUGUUGUUUCAUCUUGGAUCAUCGAUGAUCCAUCUUCGAUUAUAAAGCAGAAUUACUGCUUAAUUAAGGAGCUGUGAACCGGUUGCUAAAAUGACUGGGAAAAAGGAGAAGAAGGAGGAGAAAAAGGAGAAGAAGGACGAGAACAAGGAGGAGGAGGAGGAGAAAAAGGAGAAUAAGGAGGAGAAAAAGGAGAAGAAAGAAGAGAAAAAGGAGAAGAAAGAGGAGAAGAAGGAGAAGAAAGAGGAGAAGAAGGAGAAGAAGGAAGAUGAAGUCGAAGUGAUCACCGCUGUUUUCAAAGUUAACAUCCAUUGCCGAGAGUGUUCACGCGAGAUAAAGAAGCCUCUCCUCAAAACUCAAGGUAAGUAACUAUGUGUUAGUAUAAUGUUUAGUCAUAUAUCAUGGAUGUAACCUAGACUUUGAAGAAUGGGGUCUCCUGUAACUCCUUUGUCUACCACUUGCAAAGAGCAGUUGGCCGACGCAAGUAUCUUGUAU